AUGGCGUGUGUAUCAAUUGGAGAAGCGAAUCCAGACAUCGCUGGAAUAGGAAUCAUCUGGUGGAGGCGUGAAUGUGCUAGUGAAGGAUCGUUAUUUGCACCCGAAGACCCGAACAAAAGAUGGAUGAAAUCAGGUAGUCCACAGUUUUUGAUUAGAGCAUUAGCUUGGACCUUGCAUGAGCGACUGGAAGGUGAGGACAUGUUGACGCCGACACUGAAGAGGUUGAAAUUUGCGAACCGGAUUCUGCUAGCUGGAAACGACUCACAGACGUUUACUGGUAUAGCGCUACUGAUCAGUGCGCUUGUACAAGCGAAGACCUUGAGUCUGUAUCAUAUGCAUGUCCUAUACGACGUUAUUAGCCUGGUGGUUAUAUCCAACUGCGCCGCGAGCACAUCUAUCUUCAGCGAAGGUGUGUUUAAAGGAUACAUCCGAAUUUCACUGAUAGCAAUCUGGGCCACACUCUUCAUAUCCUACUUUGGCGUCUUCGCCGCCCACCUCCAAGAUUGGAACGACAACUUGCCACAGCAUUGCUACCAAACGGCCAAGACCGCUCGUCCAGGUGAUCCGCACCCUCGCGUCGAGAAUAUAUACAUCGGUAUCACGUUUGCAUGCACUCUAUCGACCCUUUGUAUCGCAACCAUGUACGCGCUCAAAUCCAGAUCUCACCAGCGCACCACCCACGCAACCAUUUCAGCUGUAAGCGACGAACAGCGGCGCUGGUUCGCCGAACUCGAUUCGGCGCCAGAUCCAACUCAAGCAGCCGCCAAGUUCAACAGGCGUGAUGCCGGUCAACUGGCGCAGCAAAUAGUGCUUAAUCGGGACUUGCUUGCGUGGCAGAUGCAAGAUAUGGUUGUUCGUGUUGCUCUAUUUCAAUGUCCGCUGCAGAUUUACAGUAUCUUUGCGUUGAGGAGUGCGAAUGAGAAAUCUCUAGAUAAGGGGAGUACAGAGCGGGAAUGGGGAUUUGGGCAGAUUGUAUCGAUGGUGCUGCUUGGCAUGAUUGUGCUUUCUGUUGCGGAUGGGGUUACGGAUGUCGUUCGCCGGGAAGACGGGGAUGUACUGGAAGCGGAGAUGGGGAUGCAACAAGCCUGCUGUCCAGACCGCCACAUUGCAAGCUUGACGCGUAGGCAUUGCAGAGAGAGACCGGUCUGGGUCACUCUUUUCAAUUGCUAUACAUCCAACACCGACAACUUGUUCUUCUACACACAGCGAUAG